CAUGUUUCCCAAAUGUUUGACUACAAUCAUCACGUUCACGUUCCUCAGUCGUGGGGUGGCUUUCACGUGCUGUGCUUCUAACAGACCUGCCAGGCUUAUCUACUAUGGGCUUUCUUCUGUUAUGAUUGUUGCUGCAAUAACAACUUGGGUAUCUGUUGCCAUCACAACCAGUGAGAAAUAUCUUCUAUCUGUGGCCUUUGACCUUUGCCUCCAGCAGGUUCCACUAAAGACUUCCUUCCUGCUUCAGAUGGUGACCGGCUCCGCAGGAAUUCUAGCCUUUAUAUUUGGUUGCAUUUUAAUACAUCUAGCUACUUUAAUAAACAGUAAAAUUAACCAAGAGAAGUGCAAUGAUGGCGAAAAUGAUAUAUAUUCAAGAGCAAUUGUCUUCCAUGUACACAAACUUUGAAUACCCCGAAAAGCAAAGGUUUUCUGAGGUAUACAACAUCUAACAAGGACAGUCGUAUCUUGUAACCUUUUUGUGGUAAAUAUUUCCGCUUGCAGCAACGAGUCUAGAGUGCCAGUUGUUACUGAAACUCUUUUGUAUUGGUGUUGAAACAAAACAUACACGAAUGCUUAUGACAGUAUAAGUGGCUCGUGUGUAAAACCGCCGUGGAAUAACUUCCAGACUAAGCAGCAAAAGGUUUAAGACGUAUAUACGCUGUGGGCUUGCGGUCAAACUAAUCUUUUUCAACGUUAAUAUAAGAUAUCAUUGAAGUGUCCUGCAAUUAAAGCCGACACACCGUUUGACUGUUGGGGAAGAUAACUAUGUAUAGGAUAUGGUAUUUGCUACAAAAUUUACAAGCCAAUUGAAUGAAAAAAGUCGUGGAUUUAAAGUGUCUUGCCAACAAACUGCUCACGGUUAUGGAAUAUAAAGGCAUACAGUCUGGAUUUUCAAACAAACCAGAAGACCAUCUGGAGACAUGUUUCUCAGUCACCAGAAGAUCAUCUGGAGACAUGUUUCUCAAUCACCAGAAGAUCCUCUGGAGACAUGUUUCUCAAUCACAAUUAAAGAAUCUCACUUAAGUAACAUUCAGUCUCAAACAUUUAACGGUGACACGGCCGAAGAAAUGAAACUUGCUUAAAUUCGUCUCACCCAUAAUAAGACCAAUUUAGCUAUUUUGUUUGCUAUUUCAAAUGCAAUUGUAAAUAUGUUUGCUUAUUUAGCGCUUGUUGAAAAAUAAACAAAGUCUUUCUGAUAUUAUCUGUAUAGAUAAACCAUCAACAUUUUAUCACAGAUGUAACAAGUGUUCAUAGAAUGUAUACUAUACGUUUAAAACGAUUUUUGUUUUCGAUCUAUUGUUUUGAACAGUUGAUUCAUUCCUUAUUUUGCUAAUGAAUUUUAAAAAUAAAUGUUAAAAUAAACGCUGCUUCUUGUAGCCAAAGAAA